AUGGAUUUUGAUCUCGUCAAUGAGCCAUCCACGGCGGAGGUCAUGAUGGGCGCCCGGUCCCGAGGCCGCGCGGACCCGCGCGCCGUGGCCAUUGAGGCCGAUGAGUUUGAUUUUGAUCCGAACCCUCUGCCCUCAGUCAGCUCUGCAACAAGGGCGCCCAACACAGUUACUGCAGCUUCCACUGGCAUUGAUGUCGUGGAUCCGGAGGAGUUGAAGAGAAGGAUUCGAGGCGACGGCACGCCGGCGCAGUUGCGUGAAGGGGCCUUGCGCACGCUGGAGAUGAUAACAAAGCUGGCCCGGGACAGGCGCGAAGGUCUCUGGAGACAGCGGUGGGCUCAAAGGGCACCGCUUUGUGGGUUUAACCCAAAAGGCAACCGGGAGGGGUCAAUGUUGACAAACACCUGA